AUGGCCGAACAACAAGUUGUUGGUGUUUCGGAUCGCUCAGAGAAAGAAGCGCACGUCGCGGAGCACUUCGAGCAUGGAGUUGAUACAAAGGGCAACUUGUCGUACGAGCACGAGGAAGAGGAGCCAGAAUUGCACAUGAGAACUUACGUUGCGUUGCUCUCGAUGUGGCUGCUCAAUUUGGUUCAGGUGUUGGCUUUGCAGGGACCACCUGCUGUGCUGAACUACAUUGGCGAAGACCUUAAGGGCUCAGCUUACCAGACUUGGGUGCCCAACAGUCUGUCCCUCGUUCAAGCUGUCCUUGGGCCAGUCAUAUCGUCUGCAUCCGACGCCUUCCAAGCCCGGAAGAUCAUCUUGGUUGGGUCUUGUGUGGUGUCGUUCGUAGGCUCAGCGAUAGCACCGGGCUCGCAGUCCAUCGGUCGUUUGAUUGCAGCGCAGACACUGAUUGGAUUUGGAUUUGCUGCUGUGCCUCUUGCAUAUUGCGUGCCGAGUGAGAUCUUGCCGCGGAGGUGGAGACCGAUGGCGCAGGCGGUCAUCAAUGUUGCUGCAGCAUUAGGCGCAAUCUCCGGCCCGAUGGCAAUCGGAGGUUUGGUGCACCGGGAUCCCGUCAAUGGCUGGAGGAACUUCUAUUGGAUUCAAUUCGCGCUCUGGGGCGCGACUGCACUCGGAAUCCAAUUCGGCUACAAGCCCCCGAAACGCCGUACAGUCCUCGACGAGCUGAGUCUCUGGCAGAAGAUUGGCAAGCUGGACCUCAUUGGUUUUGCGUUACUCACAACAGGCCUGGCGCUUCUUCUGACCGGUCUCAAUCUCGGAGGUGGCCUGUACCCAUGGGCGAGCGGAAACACUCUCGGUCCACUCGUGGUCGGUGCAGUCGUUCUGGUCGCCUUCGGCUUGUAUGAGUGGAAGGGGACAAAGACCGGCAUCCUCAACCACGAGCUGUUCCAAGGCGGCAAGGCGCAGGGUCGCACCUUCACGCUGUGCGUUUUCUUGAUCUUCAUCGAGGGCAUACUGCUCUUCAGCUAUGUGAUAUUUUAUCCCGUUCUCACAGAGAACUUGUAUGAAGCAGACCCGCUCCUCCUAGUAGCAAGGGCCCAGCCCUACUGGAUUGCAGCUGGGCUGAUGACGUGCAUCUACGGCUACGCCAGCACGAAGCUGAGAUCCAUCCGAGGGCCACUGGGCGUUGGCUUCCUGAUCCUGACAGCAGGCACGAUUGGCUUCGCAACCCUCCAGCCAGGACAGUCGACCAUUGCAGUGGUCAUGUCAGGCUUUUCUGGAGUCGGUUUCGGCGCUCCUUUGGUCCUCAUCGUCGCUGGCGUGCACCUCUCUGCACCUCACCAUCUGAUCGCUACCGCGACGGCGGUGACGACUUCUGCAAGAGCUGUAGCUGCGACGGUCUUUACAGCCAUCUACGCCGCCUCGUUCUCCAGCCGCGCUGCGACUCUGGUGCCCGCACAUGUCGCUUCAGCUGCAGUCGGUGCCGGACUAUCGCCAGAUGCAUUACCAGAGUUCAUCCCUGCUUUCUUGGAGAAGCAGGAGAGUGCACUUGCUGCUAUCACCGGCGUCACGCCAGCAGUGCUCGCGGCGGCAGCAGGAGGCGCAAAGCAGGGCAUUGCUGACUCGUUGCGAGUCGUGUACAUGAUUGCUGCUCCUUUUGGUGCGGUGGCAGUCAUUGCGUGCUUCUUCAUGGGCGAUCUGAGCAAGACCAUGAAUUACAUCGUGGAGGCGCCCGUGGAGGACUUACACGCCAAGCUGAAUCCAGACAAGCUUGAUGAGAAGGCUUGA